AUGGCGCUGCGAGGCCUGGAGGUGUCCCCGUCCACGCUCUUCGCGGUGGCCAGCAUCCUGGAGGGCUGCGCCUACAUCAACGGCUCCCCGCAGAACACCUUCGUGCCGGGGGCGGUGGAGUUGGCCGCCCAGCGCCGCGUCUUCAUCUGCGGCGACGACUUCAAGUCCGGUCAGACCAAGCUCAAGUCGGUGCUGGUGGAUUUCUUGGUGGGCGCUGGACUCAAGGCCAAGUCCAUCGUGAGCUACAACCACCUGGGGAACAACGAUGGGAAGAACCUCUCGGCCCCGCAGCAGUUCCGCUCCAAGGAGAUCUCCAAGAGCAACGUGGUGGAUGACAUGGUCCAGGCCAACCCCAUCCUCUACGGUCCCCAGGACAAGCCCGACCACUGCGUGGUGAUCAAGUACGUCCCCUACGUGGGGGACAGCAAACGUGCGCUGGACGAGUACACGUCGGAGAUCAUGAUGGGGGGCACCAACACCAUCGUCAUCCACAACACGUGCGAGGACUCGCUGCCCCGCCCCAUCAUCCUGGCCCUGGCCAUCCUGACGGAGCUGUGCCAGCGCGUCACCUUCCGCACCGAGGCCGACCCCGAGUUUCAGGGCUUCCACAGCGUCCUCUCCAUCGUCGCCUUCCUCUGCAAGGCCCCGCUGGUGCCCGAGGGCACCCCCGUCGUCAACGCCCUCUUCCGCCAGCGCAGCUGCAUCGAGAACAUCCUGAG